AAGCGAAAAACCUCCGUAAAGUGCUGUACCCCGUAGAGACGCACGCGAAAAGGUAUUUAUACUCCGGCUGACAAAAAAGCAUAGCAUUUAAGCUUCUCCACUUUUUGUGCAACGAGUUACAAAGACGGUAUGGGUACGCUGCCCAGUUUGCUGACUUUGCUGUGUUCCAUCGCUGGAAUUCACAGCUCGAUUAUUUAUCCGUCUUUGAUGUGGGAUUCAAGAAACCCAUUAUUUGAAGGCGGUGCGUCGAUGAGCGUGCUCCCCUUGUCAAGCAUCAACUUCCUCUGUCCUAAUGACGCCCUUGUCCCCGCAAACGCCCAGAACAGCGUCCCCGCGGGAAAACUCUACGAGAAUCUAUGGAUCGUCGAUAAGACUUCAUAUGACGCAUGCUCUGUAGACACGUCGAUAUCCUCAAAUCGACGCAUCCUUACUUGCGACACACCGCUGACCCUGAAACGCUUCCUAAUGGUGUUUCAGCAAUUUAGCGCCACACCCGAAGGCUUGGAGUUCCAACCGGGCCAAGAGUACUACUUUAUCGGGACUAGUGAUGGUUCCAUGUUGUCUCUCGGUGCUACGUCUGGUGGUCACUGCACCAGUCACAAAAUGAAGAUCUCCAUUUACGUCUGCACAGGCUCCAGCGACGUGAAAUGCCAACCGUCUGUGGGAUUACCCUCAACCCCAUUUUCGACCGAGCCUCCAACAACUCCAGCUCCUACCACAGCCGCCCCGCCAGCCUGUGCCAGCUCCCUUGAGGUACAAGCUAUCCAUAAUCAGACUAGUUCCAUCCCGUCAAUCAACUCUGAAGUCAACAAAAUCUCGGACUUGAUACUCGCCAUUCAGUCCAUGAAACAACAAAUGGAUACAAUGAGCGAGAAACUGGAAAAUUGCACCUCGCGUCCCGCAUACAUAGCACCGACGUCUUCACCCCCAACUACGGUAGCACCAACGACACCCGUACCAGUUCGCGAGAGCUGCAAAGCGCACUACUUGAAUGGAGUCACGACAUCCGGAAUAUACAAAGUGGACCCUGGUAACCAAGGCAACGCUUUUGACGUCUAUUGUGACCAGGGAACUGACGGUGGGGGAUGGGGUGUUUUCCAAAACCGUUUUGAUGGCAAAGUGAAUUUUCAAAAAGGCUGGAAUGAUUACGUUUCUGGAUUCGGGAACCUGUUCGGGGAGUUCUGGCUCGGCUUGGACAAGAUCCAUCGUCUCACGAGUCCACCGGUCACGCUGAGGGUCGACCUGACAGCAGCUGAUGGCGAGACGAGGCUGGCGCUGUUUGAUGGUUUUAGUGUGGGCAAUGGUACCGACAAAUACACGCUGACAUGUGGGACGUAUGUCGCUGGAGCGAGCACGGCUGGUGACUCACUUUGUUUCUCUAACGGAUACAAGUUCUCUACGUAUGACCAGGAUAACGACGGCUGGACCGGAGACGGCCAACACUGCGCGCAAAUGUUCAAGGGGGCAUGGUGGCACCAGGCCUGUCACGAGUCCAGUCUGAAUGGAGUGUACCGUAACGGAUCGCACCCUUCAUUUUUCGCAGAUGGAAUCAUAUGGAAGAGCUGGAAGGGCUACACAUAUUCCUACAUGAAAACAAGGAUGAUGAUCCGACCAUAGCCAAGCAUAAAAAGUGUUUCAAGCUGCAAAAAAAUGUGAUUCGAUUGAUUUGAUAACUUUGUAAUUUAAUAUGAAGAAAUGUAUCAAACUAGAAUGUAACUAGGUCAUACCAAUGUCAUACCCGCGCAGCUACGGUUGAGGUGAGGGGCAAGAAAACCUCUUCUUUAGGACAGUCUCUUCGUCGCAGGACUUUGUUCCAUUUUGCACAGUAUCUGUCCCUCACCACCUCCAAUCAGCAAAUGCUGGCUCGCGAUGAAUCGGUUGGCUUUAUAUUAUGUUUCCAACAGGAAGUCGAAACCCUUGUGCCUCUAUUGUUUAGUCCAAACUGUGUUUUCUUUUAGAAUUCUCAAUACAGUUAUUAUAGCAUGUAUCAUUCAAUAUUAUUUAAAAAAUUAAGAUUUCAACAAUUUAACGAUCGACUUCAGAAUCACACAUUGCCUUUUCCAGCCUUACUUUUUGAAAUACAAUUAUGUUGAUGUACUUAAAACGCCUUAGCCGUUAUUAGGAACUACCCUUGGCAUCACACUUUUUUGAGGCACACCUAGGUAAGCGAAAAUAUGAAUAAAUGAAUGAAUAAUUU